GAAAGCCGCAAAACCACGAAGCGGGUCCACGUUACCGUCCUUGGCUUUCCAAAUCUGCGUACUCCUCCUCUUUAUUACUGUCUCCACCAAUAUCGGUUUUUAUCUCGAUAACCAAUCGUACUCUCUCUUUGGGGAUUUUCUUCAAACAGCGGGGGAAGGGGGAUUUGAACCUGGGAUAUAGACCUUCAUUGCCGCUCAACCAUAGGCUCAGGCCAUUUUAAUUCAUUUGACCAUGAUUAAGUUGUUCAAAGUAAAGGAAAGAGAACGUGCUGAAAAAGCCAAUGGAGGACCACCCGUGAAAAAGCAAAGUGCUGGAGAAUUGCGUGUUAAUAGAGAUAUUACUGAGCUGAACCUACCUAAAUUGUGUGCCAUAUCUUUCCCCAAUGGCAAGGAUGACCUGAUGAACUUUGAGGUCUCAAUUCGACCAGAUGAAGGAUAUUAUCUAGGGGGAACAUUUUUGUUCUCUUUCCAGGUUUCUCCUAUCUAUCCACAUGAGGCUCCAAAAGUUAAGUGCAAGACCAAGGUUUACCAUCCAAAUAUUGAUUUGGAAGGGAAUGUGUGCCUCAACAUCUUACGAGAAGACUGGAAACCUGUUCUCAAUAUAAAUACUGUUAUCUAUGGAUUAUAUCAUCUUUUCACGGAACCAAAUCAUGAGGAUCCCCUUAAUCAUGAUGCUGCUGCAGUGUUGAGGGACACCCCAAAGACGUUUGGAGCGCAUGUGAGAAGAGCCAUGACCGGAGGUUAUGUGGGGCAAACCUUUUUCCCCCGUUGUAUGUAGGUUUCGUAUGAUGACACUGUGUCCAUUGACAUCUGUCGUCGUGCUGAGAUACACAUUUCUCAUUGUGCUGAGCCUGAGAUGCCUGUAAACCAAUCUGCAAAUUACAUUCUCUCUCUUUUUAUUAUUAUUUUCUGGUUGGUGGUUGGGGCACAUAUAUCCUAAAGACUAGACAAAUGAAACCCAAAUGACAGUAACUGUGCUUCAGUGACUGCCCCUGUAUGCUUGACAUUUCAAUACUAUCUGUCAGUCCAGGAUAGAGUGCACUGGAUUCUCUGCAUUGGCUUACA